AUGGCGCGGCUUGCAUUGCUUGGCCUGCUCGCCCUGCUUCCGGCUAUACAGCCGGCAUGGCAGGCCAGCGCCUACGAAACCAACAAUACUGCAGAUAGCUUUGUCUCUGCAGCGACCCCUUUCGCUCUUCGCAGUGACAGGCCGCCAGAGUGUCCGCCGUGCUUCAACUGCCAGCUCCCUGCCUUCAAGUGCCACCAGUUCGGCAAAUGCAACAAGUUCAACGGCAAAUGCGACUGUCCUCCGGGCUUCGGCGGUGACGAUUGCGCUGAACCCUUGUGUGGAUCUCUGCCUGAUGGACGGGACCGAACUCCUCGUAAAGGCUCGACCUGUCAGUGCAAAGAUGGCUGGUCUGGGAUCAACUGCAACAUGUGCGAGACAAACGAUGCCUGCAAUGCUAUGAUGCCGGAGAAAGAGGGAGGAGUCUGCUAUAGACACCACAAUGGAGGAGAGACCAUCGCGGAGAACUAUCAGAUGUGUGAAGUCACCAACAGGAAGAUCCGUGACAUGCUCAAGGAGAAGAAGCCGCAGGUUACCUUCUCAUGCAAGAAAGAAGACGAGACAUGCAACUUUCAGUUCUGGGUCGAUCAGCUCGAGUCCUUCUACUGUUCGCUGGAUACAUGCAAAUGGAAUAUGGAUAUAACAGAGAGCCAGAACGUUACCACCUACGAGUGCAAGAACAUCAAGUGCGGUUGCGUUCCUGACCGAAUGCUAUGCGAGACCAAGGGCGUCAGCUUAGAACCCCUAUUUCAACAGCUUACCGGUCCAGCCAAAUUCACCUCGACCUCUACCAAAAGCGGCGGUUCUAGGGAUGGAAGCGCAUUCUCCGAGCCCGUCAUCGAUAAGGUGAUAUCUGAUAUGUUUGGUGACAAGUCUAUUCUCCUAGACUGUUAUUCCAGCGAAUGUCUGUAUAAGACGGCUGUGCCAGGAUACAAGCCACCAGUCAAGGUUAUCAACACGCCGCUCAUCGCCGGAGUCAUCGGUAGUUGUUCGCUUUUUAUCGUUGGAGUCAUUCUCCUCAUCUGGUACCUGUCAAGACGGAAAGCUUACAACCAGUAUAGCGCCCUUGCUGAUGACUCUGAUGAUGAGGGCUCAAAGCUUAUGGCAGACCACAAGCCAGCAUCGCUGCAAUUCGAAAAUAUCGCCUAUUACAUUAACGGACAGCAGAUUCUCAAUGGUAUCCGUGGUAUUGCUAAACCUGGCCAGGUCACUGCAAUUAUGGGAGCCUCUGGUGCAGGAAAGACUACCUUCCUAGACAUCCUUGCCAGGAAGAAUAAACGGGGCAUUGUUCACGGCGAUAUCUAUGUUAACGGCGAGAAAUUCAAUGAUAGCGAGUAUAGAAAAGUCGUUGGCUUCGUUGACCAGGAGGAUACCAUGUUACCAACUCUGACUGUCCACGAAACCAUUUUGAAUAGUGCUUUGCUCCGCUUGCCUCGGGAUAUGAGUGACGCAGCUAAACAGCAGAGAGUACACGAAGUUGAAAAGCAGCUUGGUAUUCACCACAUCAAGGAUCAGCUUAUUGGAUCUGAGGAAGGUAAAGGCCGUGGUAUUUCCGGUGGCGAGAAGAAACGUGUUAGUAUUGCAUGCGAACUUGUUACGAGUCCAAGCAUAUUGUUCCUCGAUGAGCCAACAAGUGGUUUGGAUGCCUUCAACGCUUUUAACGUGAUUGAGUGUCUUGUCAACCUGGCCAAAUCGUACAACCGUACCGUCAUUUUCACUAUUCAUCAGCCCAGAUCUAACAUCGUAGCCUUAUUCGACCAGUUGAUCCUCCUUGGAAAGGGAAAGACGGUAUUUUCAGGACCAUUUUCAAGCUGCCAGUCCUACUUUGACAGCAUCGGAUACUCUUGUCCCCCUGGAUUCAACAUCGCAGACUACCUUGUUGAUUUAACAAUGCACGCAAGCCAGUCCCGAUCUGCUGAAGAACCGACUGUUAAUGUUGACUCUCAUGACAACAACUUCCGAACUGCUUCCAGUAGCCUGAGGGCCGUCAAGUCAGUCGCUAGUGCUUCCAACGCUAGCAUCGAUAACACUAGCGCUGUGGACAGUGCCCAGGAAUCAUUAUUGAGGCCUAAGGACAAACGGCGAUCUUCUCUCAAGCAACGUCAGGACAAACAGCUAUACACUCGCAAGAGAGCUUCUGGACUUGAAUCUCCACCAGACCCGCAAACAGACAACGAAGAUAGCCAUGUAAUGAGUCUAGCUGAACGUGCUCAGCAAUGGCUACCACUUUCCAAGCAGCAGGGUCAAGUUCCGCCGCAAAUACUCGAAGACCCAGACCAUCUUCCUCCAAUCGCAUCCGGAUUUGUUACAGACCUUGAUUUGCUCGUUUCCUGCUAUGCCAAUUCAGACGUGGCCAAUUCUAUUCGCGAAGAAAUAUCUUCUUCUGUUCAAGGAGCCCUUGCUGCCAAUGGACAGUCCAAUACAUCGCAACAAGCUAACGAUGCCAUGACCGGCCAAAUGACUGGCUACGCAAGAGUUGGGUUGAUAAGGCAGUUUGUUAUCCUCUCCAGCCGUACCUGGAAGAAUCUCUACCGAAACCCCAUGCUUAUGCUCACUCAUUACGCAACCGCAAUCCUCCUUGCUGUUUUGUCUGGAUACCUCUUCUACGGUCUCACGGAUGACAUCAAAGGAUUCCAGAACCGUCUUGGCCUGUUUUUCUUCCUCCUUGCCCUGUUCGGCUUCAGCACCCUGACAAGUUUGACUGUCUUCUCCUCUGAACGGCUUCUCUUCGUCCGAGAACGUGCCAAUGGAUAUUACUCUCCGGUCACUUACUUCACGGCCAAGGUCAUGUUCGAUAUUGUGCCUCUGCGACUGAUUCCUCCUAUCAUAAUGGGUAUCAUCGUUUACCCCAUGGUAGGACUUAUCCCAGACUGGCCGGAAUUCUCAAAAUUCAUUCUCGUCCUUGUUCUCUUCAAUCUCGCUGCCGCAGGUAUCUGCCUGUUUAUCGGCAUCGUCUUCCGAGACCCGGGCGUAGCAAACCUGAUCGGUAGCUUGGUGAUGCUUUUCAGUCUCCUCUUUGCCGGUUUACUGCUCAACCACGAUGCAAUCCCAGCUUCGGCACUCUGGCUGCAAACUCUGUCCAUCUUCCACUAUGCCUUUGAAGCUCUGAUUGUCAAUGAAGUCACUUUCCUGACCUUGAUUGAUCAUAAAUACGGCCUCGAUAUUGAAGUUCCAGGUGCUUCUAUCCUUAGUGCCUUUGGUUUCAACAACCUCGCCCUGUGGAAUGACGUAGCUGGCUUGGGCAUUAUCUCUGGUGUUUCCAUCGUCUUGGCCUACGCAGCUAUGCAUAUCUUGCUCGUUGAGAAGAGAUAA